CGCCGCCGGAGCUGGCACUGAGGAGCGGCGGCCGCGGCGGCAUUGGGACCUGGGGACGCCAGCGCUCCGCUGGACACUGCGUCCCCCGAGAGCGCCCACGGCGCGCGCAUCUGCCUUCUGCGGUCCGGGGCUGCCCGGGGGCGUCCGGCGUUUCCCGAGAGCGGGCGUGUCCAGUGCCGGGCGGGAGACGAGCGCGGGGCCACAGCCUGUUGGAGCGCUGGGGGUGCCGGGCAGGGGGCGCGGGGAGCCCUGCCGGGGACCAAGCGGCCCGUUUCCUUGUGCAGAGCAGUUUUCUCGAACUCUCCGCCUCCGUCUCGUUGGGGCCCACCGCUGCCGGGAGACCCCAUCCAGACCUACCAAGAAAAAGAGUGUCAUGAAAAAGGAGCAGAAAGGAGACCUCACUGUUGGUGAAAGGGGAGUUUUCUUUCCCAGUUGGUGGUUACUUCAUGAUUGGAAGAGAAGUACCUAGGUGGCUGAAGAGAUGAGAUUUUCCUAGUCAUACUGAUGAAGCUGAUAAACGAAGACAGGAAAAUGCUUUCUCUGGGUCAUAAUGGGCUGAUGAGUAAGUAAGCCUGGAAAGACAGAUCUGAAAUGAGGGCAAGAAUUUUGAGUGUUUUAAAACCAAGUAGGACUUUGAACACUUGUUGAGGAUAUUUUUAUCUCAAAAAUGGAGGAAGAAAAAAUUCUCAAAGCAGGAAGUGUAAAAAGCUGAGAGGAGUAACAACCUAAUCCUCUCCAAGAAUUUCAGUACUUCAUCAACUUCUCUGGACACACACAAGCAAAGGCAUCAGGCAUCCUAUCACAGGUGGUGGUAUCCUACGGCAGGAAUGAUUUCUUAAUUUGGAUUUGGGAGUGCUUUUUCUUUUUCACAACGUGUGUUUCUUGACUCGUCAAGUUAGGUAGAUUGAUGUCAAGGAAGUAAAUUGUGAAUUCAUAGUAUGUUUGACCUCUGUUUGCUGUGUGAUAUGGGAAAAUUAGAGGUUUUAACCUUCCUUGAAGCUUUAUUGAAAGCAGUACUGCGUCAGGGACACAGACCCACAGUAUAAGUUUUCUUUUUGGUGACUGUGCUUAUUUUGAAUGAGCAGAAUGUUAGCUGGAUUUCACAGCGUAUGUGAUUUACAGUCUUUGUUUUAUCAAGGCCUUAAAUGUAUGUUUUAAACUCACCAGAUGGGAAACACAUUGAGUGCUGUGUGUGACACGUACGCCUAAGGAGAGGAACUCCCCGAUGGAUCAUGGCGUUAAUGUUUACAGGACAUUUCUUAUUUUUAGUGUUAGUGAUGUUUGCUUUCUCUACUUUUGAGGAAUCUGUGAGCAAUUACUCUGACUGGGCAGUUUUCACAGAUGACAUAGAUCAGUUUAAGACACAGAAAGUGCAAGAUAUCAGACCCAACCAAAAGCUGAAGAAAAGUAUGCUUCAUCCACAUUUAUAUUUUGAUGCCGGAGAGAUCCAAGCAAUGAGACAGAAGUCUCGCACAAGCCAUGUGCAUCUUUUUAGAGCUAUUAGAAGUGCAGUGACAGUUAUGCUGUCCAACCCAACAUACUACCUACCUCCACCCAAGCAUGCUGAUUUUGCUGCCAAGUGGAAUGAAAUUUAUGGUAACAAUCUGCCUCCUUUAGCUUUGUACUGUUUGUUGUGCCCAGAAGACAAAGUUGCCUUUGAAUUUGUCUUGGAAUAUAUGGACAGGAUGGUUGGCUACAAGGACUGGCUGGUGGAGAAUGCACCAGGAGAUGAGGUUCCAGUUGGCCAUUCCUUAACAGGUUUUGCCACUGCCUUUGACUUUUUAUAUAACUUAUUAGAUGAUCAUCGAAGACAAAAAUACCUAGGAAAAAUAUGGGCUAUUACUGAAGAAAUGUAUGAGUAUUCCAAGGUCCGCUCAUGGGGCAAACAACUUCUUCAUAACCACCAAGCUACUAAUAUGAUAGCAUUACUCACCGGGGCCUUGGUGACUGGGGUUGAUAAAGGCUCUCAAGUAAAUCUCUGGAAACAGGUGGUAGUAGAUGUGAUGGAAAAGACAAUGUUUCUGUUGAAUCAUAUUGUCGAUGGUUCUCUGGAUGAAGGUGUGGCCUAUGGAAGCUACACAGCUAAAUCAGUCACACAGUAUGUCUUUCUGGCCCAGCGCCAUUUUAAUAUCAACAACUUAGAUAAUAAUUGGUUAAAAAUGCACUUUUGGUUCUAUUAUGCUACCCUUUUGCCAGGCUUCCAAAGAACUGUGGGUAUAGCAGAUUCCAAUUAUAAUUGGUUUUAUGGUCCAGAGAGCCAAUUAGUUUUUCUGGAUAAGUUCAUCUUAAAGAAUGGAGCUGGAAAUUGGUUAGCUCAGCAGAUCAGAAGGCACCGACCUAAAGAUGGACCCAUGGUACCCUCUACUGCCCAAAGGUGGAGUACUCUUCACACUGAAUACAUCUGGUACGACCCCCAGCUCACCCCACAGCCUCCUGCGGAAUAUGGUACUGCAAAAUUGCACACGUUUCCUAACUGGGGUGUUGUCACCUAUGGGGCUGGGUUGCCAAAUACACAGACCAAUACCUUUGUGUCUUUUAAAUCUGGGAAGUUGGGAGGGCGAGCUGUGUAUGACAUAGUUCACUUCCAGCCAUACUCAUGGAUUGAUGGGUGGAGAAGCUUUAACCCAGGACAUGAACAUCCAGAUCAGAACUCAUUUACUUUUGCCCCCAACGGGCAGGUGUUUGUUUCUGAAGCUCUCUACGGGCCCAAGUUGAGCCACCUUAACAACGUAUUGGUGUUUGCCCCAUCACCCACAAGCCAGUGUAAUAAGCCCUGGGAGGGUCAGCUGGGAGAAUGUGCCCAGUGGCUCAAGUGGACAGGUGAGGAGGUGGGUGAUGCAGCAGGGGAGAUCAUUACUGCCUCUCAACAUGGGGAAAUGAUAUUUGUCAGUGGGGAGGCAGUGUCUGCUUACUCUUCAGCAAUGAAGCUGAAAAGUGUUUAUCGUGCUCUACUUCUCUUAAAUUCUCAAACUCUGCUAGUUGUUGACCAUGUCGAGAGGCAAAACAGUUCCCCAAUAAAAUCUGUCAGUGCCUUCUUUCAUAAUCUGGACAUUGAUUUUAAGUACAUCCCAUAUAGGUUUAUGAACAGGUACAAUGGCGCCAUGAUGGACGUGUGGGAUGCUCAUUACAAAAUGUUUUGGUUUGAUCAUGGUGGCAGCAGCCCCAUUGCUAGUAUACAGGAAGCAGAGCAAGCCGCUGAAUUUAAGAAACGGUGGACUCAGUUUGUUAAUGUUACAUUUCAGAUGGAUUCCACAAUCACAAGAAUUGCCUAUAUCUUUUAUGGGCCAUAUGUCAAUGUAUCCAGCUGCAGAUUUAUUGAUAAUUCCAAUUCUGGACUUCAGAUUUCUCUCAAUGUCAAUAAUACUGAACAUACUGUUUCCAUUGUAACUGACUACAACAACUUGAAGACAAGGUUCGAUUACCUGGGAUUUGGUGGCUUUGCCAGUGUGGCUGAUCAGGUCCAAAUAACCCGAUUUGGUUUGGGCACUCAGGCAAUAGCAAAGCCCAUAAGACGUGAUAGAGUGAUUUUCCCCUUUGGAUUUAAAUUCAAUGUAGCAGUUGGAUUGGUUUUGUGCAUCAGCUUGGUGGUCUUAACUUUUCAGUGGCGGUUUUACCUUUCCUUUCGAAAGCUGAUGCGGUGGAUCCUCAUACUUGUGAUUGCCUUGUGGUUCAUCGAGUUGCUGGAUGUGUGGAGCACUUGCACGCAGCCCAUCUGUGCAAAGUGGGCAAGGAUGGGGGCCGAGGCGAGCGCCAAGGCUUUGUCUCCCAAUGGGCACCACGUCCAUCUUCCUGAUGUCGUCAUUACCUCACUUCCGGGUUCCGGAGCCGAAAUUCUCAAACAACUUUUCUUUAACAGCAGUGACUUUCUCUACAUCAGGGUUCCCACAGCCUACAUUGACAUCCCUGAAACUGAAUUUGAAAUUGAUUCCUUUGUAGACGCCUGUGAAUGGAAAGCGCCAGAUGUCCACAGCGUGCAUUUCCGCUUACUCCGAGGCUGGCUGCAGUCCUUGGUUCAAGACACCAAACUCCAUUUGCAAAACAUCCAUCUGCAUGAAUCCAGUAGGGGUAAACUGGCCCAAUAUUUUACCACGAAUAAGGACAAAAAAAGAAAAUUGAAAAGGAGAGAGUCUUUGCUGGAACAAAGAAGUAGGAUGAAAGGCGCCUUUGAUAGAGACGCUGAAUACAUCAGGGCCCUGAGGAGACACCUGGUCCAUUACCCCAGCGCUCGGCCUGUGCUCAGCUUAAGCAGUGGGAGCUGGACCUUAAAGCUGCAUUUCUUUCAAGAAGUGUUAGGAGCUUCGAUGAGGGCCUUGUACAUAGUGAGGGACCCUCGGGCUUGGAUUUAUUCCAUGCUGUAUAGUAGUAAACCGAGCCUUUACUCUUUGAAGAAUGUACCAGAGCACUUAGCUAAACUGUUGAAAAUAGAGGGAGGCAAAGGCCAAUGUAACUUAAACUCAGGCUACGCUUCCGAGUAUGAAGCCUUGAGGAAAGAAUUAUCAAAACCCAAGCCACACGCAGUCUCCCUGCUGGCUCACGUGUGGCUGGCAAACACCGCUGCAGCCCUGAGGAUAAACGCCGACCUGCUGCCUACCAGCUACCAGCUGGUCAAGUUUGAAGAUAUCGUGCAUUUUCCUCAGAAAAUCGCAGAAAGGAUUUUUGCCUUUCUUGGAAUUCCUUUGUCUCCUGCUAGUUUAAACCAAAUAUUGUUUGCCACCUCCACAAACCUUUUCUAUCUUCCCUACGAAGGGGAAAUAUCACCAACUAAUACUAAUGUUUGGAAACAGAACUUGCCUAGAGAGGAAAUUAAACUGAUAGAAAACAUCUGCUGGACACUGAUGGAACGUCUAGGAUAUCCAAAGUUUAUGGACUAAAUGCUGCAGGUCAGCAGAAAUUUGCACUAAUACUUUCCAACCCAAUUUGUGGAAUUAGAAGAGUUUGUUUAUUCUUGUAGUGUGUGUGUGUGUGUGUGUGUGUGUGUGUGUGUGUGUGUGUGUGUGUGAUCAGUUUGUUACUACGCACAGAGAGAUUAUUUUAAAAAUAGGCACUGUAUUUGGCCUAGCAGGAUUUAUUUUUUAUGUCACUACUUUCCUUGCCUUUGUUUUUGAAUGUUUUCUUCUAAAAUGUUUCUGCUGCAGAGGUGUAGAUGAAGUUAUAUUACAGUGGCCAGGGGAGACAGGAAGAUUUUAAAGGAUUUUUUCUAACUCUUUCCUUUAUCUGUAACUGGCCGAUCUGUCUAGGAACCUCACACACUGCAAAAGACCUUGCAGUUGCUGCUUUACCGAAGCGUCUCUGGCUUUCAAGAUGGACCACAAAAGUUCUUUAUCUUUUUUAAAAGGUGUGUCCUAACACACUUAUCUUGCUCGCAUACACACACACACACACACACACACACACAAUCCUUUUACUGUGUAUAAUGUUAAGUGAUAUCACUGGGUAUAGUGGAAGUUCCUGGGAGAAUUGUAGGCUCCUUUCUGGAAAAUACAGAUGGGAAUACAGAAUAGAUUUCUUUUUCUUUUACCUUUUUAUUUUUUGGUGGUCAGAAAGUGACCUGAAAAUCCUCCUUAACAUUUUUUACUUGGAAGUAAUAAGGAGUCAGCCUUCGAACAGUGGGCGCCCAGGACUGGUAGAGUAUCUUUAGACCUGUUUACCUGUUUAAAAUGCUCUUUUUGCCUCCUGUUCACCAUCACCACUCCCACUCUAUCCUUUCUCUCAUUGUCAUGCGAAACAAUCAGUAGUUACUAAUGGCUAAACUCCUGAUAUUUGUGGGGAUUUUUUUUUUUCCUCUGUCCUGAUGAUUAAUUUUGCAUCAAAGCCUGACACAGCCUUAGAAUCAGAUUUCUCCCUGUGGAUUUAUCACUGUAUGACUCAAAGAAAACAGUGCCACUGCUGCCAGUGUUUUUUCGGACUGGAAACAGAAUUGGAAAACUGCCUGACUUAGCUUGCAUCCCUUUGAAUGAGUCUACAGACUGCCAGUGUCUGCAUAAGUUAAAGGCGAAUGGGAGAUGAUGUCAGAGGCAUCUGUUUCCUUUACCAUCUGCAUCUUAUUAUAAAUGUAGUCGUCAUAAAAUGUGGUUCGUUUUAUUUCAGUAGGCUCUGAAAUCAGAGUGCUAUGCCAUUAGAAGCCAGUGGAGUAAUUAUAAUGGGUUGGAUAAAAAACGUUAGGCGGUGUGGAGACUUGAUGAAAAUCUCUGUACAGAUUGCAGUCUUCUUCCUGAUGUUUCAGACUGUAGUCCCCAUCCCCCCUCCUCUAGGCUUUAACACUUGGGAGUCUGUCAUUCUGACCUAGAUAAAAGUGGUUCUUUCUCAGUAGUUUGUUAUUAUGUCAAAAUGUGCCUCCAAGGUGAUAAAGCUGUGGAUAUGUUACAUUCCAGCUAAAGCUAACUGGACCGUCAUUUUUCUUACACUACAGUGUGAAAGCAGACCACUCCCCCCCCACCCCAUCUACUUCCUUGGGAAUCCCUCCCUGCCUUCUCUCUACAGUGUCAAAAUGAAUGAAAAUCAUAUUGUAUUAAUACAGGGUUGAGAGGACCCUCAACCCUGACUGAGGACCUGAGUCCACACUGUUAUUCUCAAGAAAGGUUAUUCUUCCUACCUCAAGGUUAUCACCAAGCAUGUAACAUUGCUACAUGCAUGGCAACACUAGUUCUGUUAUUGAUCAGAGUCUCAGUGUUUGCUUGAUUUCAACUCUCAGGAUGUGUGAUUUUAGAUCAAAUAAAAAGGCUUUGGGAUUGGUGGUAAUGUUAGGUCCCAUCAAGGUAAGAAUUACAAACAUGUGCAGGUAACAGCAGGGAAAGCAGAAGCUUUACCAUGCCUUUUCCUUUACAUUGCACAGAAACAGGCCGACAGGCAGAAGAGAGCCAGGUUGAGUACGUGAAGGGGAAGGGAGAGAGAUGGAAAAAAUGAAACAGAAAGAGCAGUUCUGUGAAUGGAUAUGGGAACAACAUGGGAAUAUGUUAUUUAUAGCUUCAAAAAGGAACAUGCUUAACAAAAUGAUUUUCACAGGUGAGGGAUGGCCCAGCCAUUGGAUACAUGUGUAUUUGUUGAUGCUUGGGACUCCCUGCUUUAUAAUCUCAGACGUCUAGGUCCUGUACUUCUAGGGAGUUUUCCUAGGAAAAACAUGAAUAGAUUCACCACUCAUUUUUAUUCUUAUCAUGAAAAUAAUGCAGUGAUUAUCAUGUGACACUUCCAAAGAAAACGAUUAAAAAGAUAUCCUUUCCAUAAAAUCAAUUCCUUUCUUCCUUAACUUCCCCAAACUUAGGCCUAGUUGGGAUAAAAGCAUUCAUUAAAAUAAUGCAACUUAAAUAUUGAAAUUCUGAAAAAAAUGUGUUAAUUUUUCUGACAAAAGUAACAUGCAUCUGGUGGUAAUGUUGAUCUGGUUUUCAGACGUUCUGAAAUAUUGCAAAUUUCUCACUUUGGAUGACACAGGCUGUAUCCACAGUUGAAUUUACUGUAAUGGAAAUUCCAGAAAGGAAGGAAAUGGGAGAAUCUGUUCAGGAGAAAGAAGAUAAAUCUAUGAUUAUGCUUAAAUGUAUUCUACAGAAACCUAAAGAGGCACAAGUUUUAGGCAGAUGACACAACAACACAUACAUACUCAACUUAGACCCCAAAUAUUAGACAUUCGAUUGGCUGGCUUUUUAGACAAAUGGAAGAAUCAGUAAAUGCCUAGUAAGAACGAGAUAAUUAUUUAUGUCCAAUUCUCAGACAUGGCAGAGAAUCUGCCACAAAUAUGUUUGAAGAAGAACCUCUCUUCUUCAAACAUAAACUAGUUAUGUUUAAUUUUUUUUUUUCCUUUUAUGGAAACACCAUCUCAUGUCUGCCACUGAUGUUUGAUUGGCAUCAUUUAUCAGCAGAGCUUUUGGUACAUCAUCAUAGAUCCUAGAUGUUCUUGAUAAAAAGUCUAUCACAUUUAGUUAUCUAUAAAUAGUAACUGGUUUUAAAGUUGCUAUGUUUGACUUAACUUUGGUCAUAAUUAGAAAAAGAUCACUGAUAUAGAAGAAAAUGUGAAUAAAAGGCAAUGUAAGUGUAACAGCACUUAUAGAGGUAAGGGAUCUAAUAUUCUUAGAGCCAGGAAUUUAACAUGUGGCCUACCUACUGCUUAUUUAAAUGUAGACUAAAGUGUGUCUAAAACCAGCUGUUAAGGCAGUUUUUUUCAGCACUUGGCUAGUAUCAUUUCCCUUCAUGUUGGCAGAAAAAAUCCAUAUAGUAUUUUAAGAACUAGACAGAUUUUUUUUUUGGUACAAAGGAUGGUAGGAACUUCAAACAAUAGAUUCUCACAUUCUCUAUAGUUAACUUGUAGAAGCUUGAGCUGUAAUUUAUAUGAGCUUAUGUUGUAUUAAGCCCAAGUAAAAUGUUGAAUUAAUUCUAUUUUUAAAGAUAGGUUCAGCUAGGUCUUCCAAACCAUGGGAUUUUUUGGUUUUGAUUUUCAUUUUUUUUCACACCUAUCCAGUUAUGCAGCAAAAAAACAAACAAAAACCUAUGCUGAAGAUCGCAGACAAGUUGGUUUGAACUGUGUAUAUAUAAAACACUCCUAUAAAUAAAUAAAUAAAAGCUAAAACCACAUUGGCUAUGAUUGGGAUAAUUUGUAGUAGCCCUCUUUUUUAGGUUUUUGGCUAACUUAGGACUUUGUGUGGAGCUAAGAAGGUAGAAGCUGGGAAAUGCAGACCCACAUUUUCAGCCACUAAAACUUUCACCCUUCAGUGACGGGCAAGUCUUGCCUCUACUCCCUUAACUUAAUUCCAAGUCCUGCCUUUGACUUGCUCUCAAUCCAUUUCUUGCUUCUCCAUACAUUAUCCUAACUUACUAAGCAGUGAGAACAUCCUAGUACUAUGCACCUGUGCUCUACAUCUGCCCCGCCUGCCAUUGGGAGGAUCUUCAUUCAGGCAUGAGACCUCCAAAAGGAAGUUUCUAGCAGGUCCCUUGAGAUUCUAAGUAGGUGGUACACUAGGUUGGCACGGUGAUGGCUUUUUUUGUUUGUUUGUUUGUUUUUGUUUUAAAGAUAAGGAUCCACAGAACCAUAAGGUUUCCAUGCAUGCAUUACAAUCCUCACAACAACUUGCUGGUACUUUUGUUACAGAUAAAUCUGAAGCCCCUGUGGUGUCUAUAGGGGAUCUAUUUUUGUUAAGGAAUUUGGAGCAGGUUUACAAUUUGUUUAUCAACUCAAGUAUUCAUUGUACUUUUUGCCUGUUUACUGUCAAGGUAUUGAUUAGCAUGAGGGAAGAACAAAAAUUGCUUGAUAUUGACUCUGCCCUGUGAAUAAUUGGUGGUCUCUCCAGAGACUUCAGAACUAGUAGGUAUUCAUCAAGAAGAGGAGAGCAGGAGCAUGCCAGGUAGUGAUUACCACCCAAGGAAAGGCACAGAAAGUGUUGCCUGUUCUGUAGUAGACAUAUUUCUGAAGUGGUGGUUAUGAGGAAAGGGAGUGGUUACCAAGUUAUUGGUAAAUUUGGACAGAGAUGGUCUUAGGUUUGACUAUAGUUAUCAUAGGAUGUCCCAUCACUGAGUAGCCUUUCCAAAGAGAAGCACAAACAAAAGUGCUGACCCUUACCCUCUCCCCUUGGGGAGGGGGCUCACUUAACUACCCCAAUAUGUUUGUCACAGAGAAAUGUGGUCUAUUAUUGUAUAUCGAGGGAUACCCUGAAAAGGAUGUGUGAAUGCAAUCUGACUGAGGUGCUACUAAUAAUAUUAAGAUGAAUAAUUCUGUUUCAUUUAGGCUCCAGCUGGCCAGUGGGCAUCUUCUUUUCUUCUCCCUCCCAUCUAAAUACCUUCAGAUCCACAUUAUCAGACACAGCUACCAAUUCUGGGAAUGCAGUAGUGAACAAAACCUAUGGAGCUGACAGUCAAAUACAUUUUAAAAGAACUCACUUUAGGAAGAUAAAAACAAGCUAUUCUUUUCCCUUUCAUGUAAAUAACAGCAGAAGGAAGGAAGGGAAGGAAGGAGGGAUUGAAGGAAGGAAGGCUAAACCUAAAUCACCAGAGAAAGUAACAUGCACAAGGAGAAUCAUCCUGUAACAGCUGUGUUCAAUAUUGUGUGAACUAUUUAAGAAUCUCUUUGAAAUCUUGUUGUAGCUAAAAUUUCAAAAAAGAGGAAGAUAAAUUGUAAUCUGAGCAAAUCUUUUCUGUAGUACAUUGCAGUUGCUCUGUUUUAUUUCUUUAAAAUAUUUCUGUAUUGCUCUGACUCUCUUGAGAUGAAAAUUUUCUUUCUAGUGUAUUAACACUCAUGUUGAAUAUCAAUUAAGUAACUGAGGUUUCCAAAUGUCCUGGAUAUGUGCUUUUCUCAUAUACUGUCUUCCCUAUUUCCAUGUGUACGGUAUACAUGUUGGUCUUGAUAUAAGGAAGCAGAAGUUCAUGCACACAUGACAUCCAUGAUACUGUCCAUUCCUCCCUUUGGAAAUCAAUUCAGCUCCCAUCACUGGCACUUUUCUCAACUAAUAAAUGAACAAUAUGAAAUCUCUAAUCCCUGAAUUAAAAUCUGACACACUUCUAUGAACAAUGUAUUGUGCACAUCUUACUUUAUUCAUUGCAUAAUGUAAAUAAUGCUGUCUACCUUUGUCAUCUUGCAGUGAAAGAUUACUGCCCAAUUUUAUUGGUACUUAUUUAUUGUUUUAAUUGUGUUCAUUUAUCCCUUUGCCUUGUUCCAAAAGAUUAAUUUUGUGGUAGAUUUGCUUAAAGUUCUUGGAAUUUUAAAAUAAGGCUUUUUAAAAUAUAUUGAGCCAUUUUAAUUUGAUGCCUUAAUGCAAUAUUUCACAAAAGUUUAACAUGGGAUUUGUAAGAACAUAAUACAACCAAGAAGUGAUGGAACUGCUUCCAUAAAAUACCCAUGAAGAGACAAAUGCCUAUAAAAAUGUGGUUAAUAAAAAGAUAACCAUAUACAAAAUAGGUGGGUUUUACUCUCCAUUUUCAGACAUUAACCUGGGUGCUUUGGUUAAUUCGAUGCUAACUUGCUGGAACUGUUAUUUCUCUAGAUUUACCAAAAUAAACUGAAAUGUGCAUACAUUCAGUUAUACUUUGCAUCUUACUCAACAUAAAUGAUAAAAGUCUCAGAAAGUCCCAUUAUUGAAAACCUAAGUAGAAAGGUACUUACUUGAAUACACACAUGAAAACUUGGCAGGAUUCCAUUACUAGAAGAGGCUAUAAGCUUUCCUGUGUGUAACCAACAGAUUGCACUGGUAGGUUUUUCAUAAACUUUGUUCGUACCUUUCUCCCAUUUCCUUGCUUAACUUGAAGAGGGAUACUUCUAUUAAGAAUGUUAUAUUCACAACCCUUUUAUAUACUAUAUGAAUUUUCAAAUUAGAUAAAAGCCAAUACAGAUCCCUAGGUCAGUAAACAGUGAAGAGCUGUGAGGUCUUGGGCAACUUCCUUAAUUUUAAAUCUCCAUUUCAUCUGUAAAACUCCUCCAGAGUUGAUGUAAGAAUUAAAUAAAACCACAUGUGGGAAUUAAUAGAACACUAUUUCUUUCCUCUUUCUGAUUACUUCCAAUUCAUUAUAUAUCAAACCCAUAUAUAAUGUGAUGCACCAUUUUCCUAAUAAGGAAAUAUUAAAAUGUUUUCAGAGAUUUCGAGCAUACAUAAUUGGUAUAUAGGCCAAAUAUACACCUAUUUUAGUCUUUCCUAUAUCAAGCGAAUUGCACAAGCAUGUAAAAUCACAAUUAUGCAAAUAAUAUAUUGAUUUGAAAAUCCUUUUUUCAUAUUCACAUUUUAAGAAAGAAUUUAUUCAAAUUUUCACUUCAGCUUCAAUGUCUUCAUCAUUUCUAGAGUCAAGUUUUGAGUUUUUCCAAAGAAUUUAUUUCCUUCUGAGUUUUACUGAAGUAGAGACUUUUGAAUUUAACUAUGAUGCUAUUUCUGAAAUUUUAUUUCAUUUUACAAGUGCUGUUCAUAUAGCAUUAAUCAUAACUUUAUGUUCAUACCUUCUUUCAGUAAAUACAUAAUUGCAAUCUACAUUGUAAUUGUAAUCACUGUAUUUUUCCCAUUAAAAUUUUCCAUUUAUUUAUUAUGAAAUAUUCAUAAAAGCUGGGGGUGUCUAAGACUAUGUGUGAACAUUAUCAUUUACUCUGCUGGCUAUGUUGGAAAAAAAUAACCAAUCUGAAGUAGCGUAGCCGCAUUACACAUUUAAUAUUUAUAUACCUUCACACCGUAUAUAACAAAUUAUUAUAUCAAUAGAGAAUGAUCUCAUCUCUAUAGAAUAAUUGUUUCUGUUAAUUCUCGUCAUUCAUAUAUAUUCUUUGUGUAAGGGUAAAAUCUUACAGUACUUUAUCCUCUGCUUGGUCUUUGUAAGUUUGGAUACUUUUUCUCUUCCAUGGCUGUAGAUUACAACCCAGGAGUAAAUUCCAGAGCCUCCAGCCAGAAACUCAGCUUUCCAGCAAGGAGUGCAAGAGAGAAUGCACCUCUGCAUUGGGACCAAGUGCCACAGACCUUUGAUAAUAGCGUUCAUAACAUUGAAGAGAGGGAUUCCUUUCCUGCGAUUGAUUUUCCUUGGAUAUUGCUGUCAACACUCUUGCUAAGGUUUACUGUAUGCAGAUUACAAGACACUCUUUUGUUGAUCCUUGCCUAUGCCAGCUCUGCUGCCCCCACCCCUACCCCCCCAUUUAUCAAGCUGUAGGUAUUAUAGAUAUGCAAGACAGAUUAUGCUAAUUUGUUGACACUGAAAAGAUGUGCUGACCCCAUCGGAAGCCCUCCCCUAUGAUAAAUUUCCGUGGCCAAAGCUGGGACCUAGAGUCAGAAUUCCUAUGCUCACACACUACAGUAUGGUACAAAGCAUACAUAUCUGACCUUUCAUGACCAUGUCCUCUUGCUCUGACCAGCUCUCCCAGAGGUAACGUCUACCCUGGAUUUUAUGUUUACCAUCUCCUUGCUUUUCCUUAUAGUUCUACCACAUAUGUCUCUAUCUUACCAACAUACUGUAUAUUUUUACAUGUUUUUAUACUUUAUGUAAACAGUAACAUUCUGGAUAUAUUCUUGUGCAAUUUGCUUUUCUUUGCUCAGAAUUUUAUCUAAUGCAUGUUGAUGUCUGUAGGUGGAGAUCAUUUAUUUUCAACAUGACAGUGUUCCCUUAUAUGAGUAUGCUAUUAUCUGAAAUACCAUACUUUGUCUUGUAUCUUGGUAGAUUUGGGGUACAUUUUUAAUUUUUACAAAUUCAACCAUUAUAUAUAAAACUUCUAGUAUAUGUCAUAUAAUGCACGUAUACAUGAAUUUUGUCAUUGUGUUUUGUUUGUCCCAGAAUGUUUCCACCCAGCCCCACUCUAGCCUAGAAUAUAUAUUUGGGCUCAAAGCACAUCCUCAACUGUUCUAGAUGCUACCAAAUUAUUUUUACAGAUUGUCUGUACAAAUUGACUUUCCAGCCAUUAUCAAAAUUUUUUGUUGCUCCAGAAUUUCUCCUGAAUUUGACCUUCUUCAUACUUUUAAAUAUUUUCUUGUCUGGUGGGGGUAAAAGGAUGUUACCUUUUUCCUUUUUUUUUUUUUUUCCUGCAUUCCUCUGAUUAUUAAUGACAUAGAGCACACACAGUAUGUAGUCCUUAUUUUUUCCAUUUAUGUUUCUUCUUUGGUGAAACAAAAUCCACAUUCAUGUCUUUUAUCCAUUUUUCCAUUGUGUUCUUUUUUUCUCAUUGAUUCGUUGAAGUUUACAGUAUAUUAAUACUAAUCUUUUUUUGGUUAUAUUUGUUGAGAAUAACUUCUUGGCUUAUAUUUUCAUGAUCUUUGUAUUAUGACUUUUGUGAUAUACUUUGAUACACAGGUGUUCUUAAUUUGAAUGUAAACAAAUAUGUUAGUGUUUUGCUUUAUUAUUUAUACUUUUUUGCAUAUUAUUAAAGAAUCUUUCUUAAGGUUUUGGCACUGAAAAUGUUCUCCUCUAUUUCCUUCUAAGCAUUUUAAUUUUCUUCUCAUUAUCUAUUGCUGCAAAACAAUAUUAUCUCAAGUGUAAUGGUCUAGAACAGCACACAUUUAUUAUCUCACCAUUUCUGUUGGUCAGGAAUCCAGGCAUGGCUGAACUGGGUCCUUUGCUCAGAGUCUUAUAUGUGGCUGCAGUGAAGUUGCUGGCAAGGACUGGGAUCUGUCUUGAUACUCAGCUAGAGAAGCAUCCCUUCCAAGCUCAUGGGGUUGUUGGCAAGACUUAGUUCCUUGAGGGUUGUUGGACUAAAAGCCUCAGUUCUUUUAGAGUCUACAUGCCACAGAUUCUUUUAUAUUUAAAUACUUAAUCUGCUUUACAUUAAUGCUGUCUAUUCUGAAAUCUUUUUUUUUUUCCUGUAUGAAUAACCUGCUAUUCUAGACUAAAAAGACUCAGUAACCUUUUCUUUUCCACUACCCUUUAAUGCCAUCUCUACCAUAUAGCAAGUCCUUAUAUUUUGUAUGAGUUGAUUUCUGAGCUCUACUGUAUUCCACUGGCAAAUUUGGUAACCCAAUGACAAUCCUGCACUAUCUUAAUUACUGUAGUCCUUUCAUUAGCCUUGAAAUCUGGAAAAGCAAGUGUUUUGAUUUUCUUUUUCCUCAUUUCUUAAGCUUUUCUUCCUCCAUAUGCAUUUCAGAAUUAGUUUGCACAGUUCCUCGGAGUAAACAAAGAACAAUACUUGGGUUUUUUUUGUUUUUUUUUUUGCUGCACCCAUGGCAUAUGCAAGUUCCCAGGCCAGGGAUGUUCCCCAGCUAGGGGAAGAACCUGUGCCAUGGCAGCGACCCAAGCUGUUGCAAUGACAAUACAAGAUCUUUAACCCAAUGCACCACAAGAGAACUCCAGAAAAAUACAUGUUAACUGUAAAUGCACUACAUCAAUUUUUGAGAGAAUCGACCUCUUUACAUUAAUUAAUGCCUAUUACUAAGCAUGAUAUGUCUCACCUUUUACAUGUGUUAAUCCUUUGAUAGACAAGUAUGAGCACUUUAUAUAUUAUUAUUACAGUGGAUGAUAUUUAUUUUUAAUUACAUGUUCUAACUGAUGCUAGUAUAUAGAAAAUACAAUUAACUUUUGUGUAUUUAUAUUGUAUCAGGGAACUUACCCUCUAAUUUAAUAAUUUACCUAUAAAUUCUUUCCCGAAAUACUUAUAUAGGUAGUUUUGUAAUCUUACAACUUUUAAUCUUACAACUUUGUAAUGUUCUUACUGGAUUUGUUAGGACAUUCUGUAAAAUACUGAAUGGAUUUGAUAAUGUGAAUGUCUGUGUACUGUUCCUAAUGCGAAUGGAGUGCUUCUGUAUUUUACCACUGAGCAAAUGGAUGGAUGCUGUGUGUAUUUCAGAGAUUCACCUAAUCAGGAUGUGGUAGUCGCUUCCACUCCCAGUCAAUAAGUGACUUUUUAUCAUCAGUGCAUGAUGAGAUUUAGUCAAUGCUUUUGCUGCAUUUAUUGUGAUAAUCAUAUGUAUGUUUUUUUGCUUUUAUCUGUUAAUGUAGUAUAUUAGGUGAAAUUGUUUUUUUUUCUUUAGAGAUUAAACCAAACUUGGCUUGCUAUGAUAAAACCAGACUGGGAAUGAUUCAUUAUAUUUAUAUUUGUUGCUGGAUUGAGUUUUGUUAAUAAUUUAAGAUAUGUAUAGCAAUACUUGUAAUUGUGAUUUUCUCAUAAUAUACAUGUCUAAUUUUGAAGUCAACAUACUUGUCACACAAAAUAAGUUGAGAAUGUUCUAUUUUUAUAUUCCCUAGAAGAGUCUGCAUAGGAGUGAAAGGAUAUAAUGUCAAAAUAUUUGUUAGAACUCAUUUGUAAAAUCAUCUGGCCAUUCUGUUUUCUUUGUGGAAACAUUUUAACUAAAUAUAAAAUUUA